UUUUAAAGCUGUUAUAACAAAAAAAAAAAGUGUUUGCUUUUUUUUUCACAAGUAACUUUAAAAGUGUAGCUUAGAAAGAAAAAAAAAAAACCAUUUUCAGUAGACACAACAUUAUUCCUGGAUGCUUGCAAAUCCUAAACUAUAUUCAUACGUUAGUAUUACACAUACCUGUGUCAUAUACACAGAUUAGCUUUAAAAUUGUCACAUACCAUUGCCACUUUGCCUUUACUUUUAUGUAUCAUUCCCCUGACUUCCUUACUGCAGGUGUGGGCAAGAAAGCUUUUCCUUUAAAACUUUUCAACAGUGGGCAUAAAAUUCUGCAGCUGAGGUCUUGAAGAAUGCAGAUGGGAGAUGAAACCAGACAAAGGGUGAAGUUCACAGAUGAUCGUGUUUGCAAGAGCCACCUUCUGGAUUGCUGUCCUCAUGAUAUCCUGGCAGGAACACGUAUGGACCUGGGAGAGUGUACAAAGAUUCAUGACUUGGCAUUGCGAGCAGAUUAUGAGAUUGCAAGUAAAGAGAGAGACCUGUUUUUUGAGCUGGACGCUAUGGAUCACCUGGAAUCCUUCAUUGCAGAGUGUGAUAGGAGAACAGAACUAGCUAAGAAACGCCUGGCUGAGACACAGGAAGAGAUUAGUGCUGAAGUGUCUGCAAAGGCGGAGAAAGUACAUGAGCUGAAUGAAGACAUUGGAAAACUCCUAGCUAAAGCUGAACAGCUGGGAGCUGAAGGAAAUGUUGAUGAGUCUCAAAAGAUCCUGAUGGAAGUGGAGAAGGUCCGAGCCAAAAAGAAAGAGGCGGAGGAAGAAUACCGAAAUUCAAUGCCUGCGUCCAGUUUCCAACAGCAGAAGCUGCGUGUAUGUGAAGUCUGUUCUGCAUAUCUUGGUCUCCAUGACAACGACAGGCGUCUUGCUGAUCACUUUGGAGGCAAAUUACACUUGGGCUUCAUUCAGAUUCGUGAGAAACUGGAUCAGCUGAGGAAAACAGUGGCAGAAAAGCAAGAGAAAAGAAACCAGGAUCGUUUGAGGCGGAGAGAAGAGAGAGAACGAGAGGAGAGAAUGGGAAGGCGGUCUGGAUCAAGAAAUAGAGAUCGUCGAAGAUCGCGGUCUCGGGAGAGGAGGCGGAGGCGCUCGAGAUCAGCUUCCCGUGAAAGGCGGAAGUCUCGUUCCAGGUCCCGAGAGCGACACAGACGCCACCGGAGCCGUUCCCGCAGCCACAGCAGAGGUCACCGACGGGGAUCCAGAGACAGGAGCUCAAAACACAAAUCCUCUAGAGAUCGAUCUUCAAGAGAAAAGUCCCGAGACAGAGAGAGGAAAGAGAAGAGCUCUUCUGAGAGACGGCACGAGAGCACAAAUGGCAAAUCUCGUUCCAAGAGAUCAGAAGAGAGAGAAGCUGGCGAGAUCUGAACUCAAAUGAUCUGUGUUGCACUGUAAAUAGUCUGAUAAACAUUCUACACAAAGCCUAAAUUUCCCAUUUAUAUUUACUGAAUACAACUCAUCUUUUGUAGUUUUGAAUUUUUAUUGUUUGGCAGAUAGCUGUGAGUUUGUAGAGACACAGUUACGUACUGUUUAACAGGAUUUUGUUUUAGUAGGAAUAAAUAAAUCUGACGGAUCGUUUUCAAUACAGGCCAGUGGUUCACACACUGUUUGUCAUGACCCAAUGAAUGCGGCAGUUAGUUAAUGCUGUGGUUGGAAACCUAACCUGCUGUAAUGUUUGUAACACUUAUGCCCUUUCCAGAACAUCUCCGUGACCCUUCGCACAGUUGGAGUUUGAGAGCAUCAGUAGCACUGGUUCUAACUUGAUUUGUUUUUUUCUCUUCUGUUUGUACAUGUUAAAAGGAAUUCAGAUUUUUUUUUAAGUGCUUAGCAACCUCAUUUUAUGUCUGCAGCAUUUGUGUAUUGCCUCACUAGUCCAGCUAAGUGAAGACAGACAAAAUUUGGCCCAGUAUCCCCAUUUCAGAAGACAUUGUUUAUCUUUUGUAAGGAUGACCAAAUCAUUUGGGGCACGUUUCUGAGAUAUGCUCAAGUCUCUUCCUAGCACCUUUACAGGUGCCUGGUUUAAAAAGCCUGUGCUCAGAUGAAAAGCUGGGGUUGAUUUCUUGUAUGGAGGAGUACAGCAACAACUAGUCUGUCUAUCUACUGUGUGCUCCACGGUCGGAAAAUAACUUCCUAGGUGGGGUUUUCCGUCUCGCAAAGAAGUGUUGGUGUACGUGUUUAAGGGCCAGUCAGGCAGAAACUGGUCGAGGGGCAGAGGUGACCUUUUACUGCAGACGGAGCAGACUUCUGCUUCUGGAGGGCAGGGCAGUGUGAGGAGCGCGGCUGCCCAGGACGGCACUGCGUGCGCAGGUGUUGGUGUGUGCCACUUCUCUUGCUGAUGCUUGCAGCUGGCAGGCAGAGAGCCAGCUGCGCAGUAACAACUGUGGGAAGGAUUGCAUAUUGUAACUAGCUUCUUUGUAACUAGAUUUAUUUUAAGAUAGGGGAGGAAGGUGUUCUUGCUGUGCCAGUCGCAGUGGUAACCCCGAGGAUCAAUCUUUUGUGAGAAUUGUCGUGUAACUGAAGCACUUAGCGUGUGCCGAGCUGUGAGCUGGCGGGGCGCAGACCCAGCCGCUGCUGCGUGGCCUUGCUCUGCCGGCCUGUCCGCUAACGCAGGGAGGCAGGUAUCUGAAAUGAGGGCAGGUAUCUGAAAUGAGGGCAGGUAACUCCUGACGCUUCCGCGUGGCGGGAGCGCGGUGUCUGUAAAUACCGGCGCGGCAGCGUGCGGGGCUGGGGUUCCCCCGCGUUCCUCUCUCGGAGGCUCUGAGAACCUGCGUAACUCCUUUGGUUUUAAUUCUGUUUUUCUCCCGGCCGUGCCAGCGCUGUCCUCGAUGUGUUUGUUAGUCUUAGGUGCAUGUUUAGCGGUUCCCUUUCCGUUUUUACAACUACUCCUGCUUUUUAAGUAGCGUUUUGUAACGCCCCCGGGCGGCGGCGGGCGCGGGCUCGGGGCGGCGGCGCUCCGCGGGGCGCCCCGCCCCCCUCUGCUGUUCCCGCGCGCUCUGAUCGCAUUAAAGAUCUGUGUUGUGGCUCGCA